AUGACUGAUGAACUAAAACGUUAUGAAGCACUGAAAGCGGAACUAAAAAAGUCCCUUCAAGAUAGGAGACAACAGGAAGAUACGUUCGACAGCUUACAACAAGAAAUAUAUGAUAAGGAGACUGAAUAUUUUUCUCAUAAUAGCAACAACAAUCAUUCUGGACACGGUGGAUCUCACGGGUCAAAAUCGCACUAUUCCGGUAAUAUCAUAAAAGGGUUUGAUACCUUCUCCAAAUCACAUCAUAGCCAUGCAGAUUCUGCAUUUAAUAAUAAUGACCGUAUAUUCUCCUUAAGCAGCUCAACAUACGUGAAACAGCAGCACAGUCAAUCGCAGAAUGAUUAA